ACAAGACCUCCCAGCAAAUUUCUUGAAACAAAUUCCAAAAAUCGAAAGCAUAAACCUGGAACACAACUCCAUCAAAUCAAUCCACCCUCAGGCUUUUACUGGGGCCAGGAGGCUGAUGUUACUUAAUCUUUUUGGAAACCAAAUCACCAAACUCCCACUAAAAGGCUUUCAGGAUCUAAUAAACCUUCGAUUCCUUAUGCUGGGUCAAAACCGCAUCACAACAAUCAAGCCUGAAAUCUUCUUCGGCCUGAGAAACUUAUCUGACUUGGAUUUACCAAUAAACUCCCUCACAUCCUUACCUCCUAAUGGCUUUCGGCCUUUAAUUGCACUAAAAGUACUAGAUUUAGCAUUCAACAAGAUUCAGAAGAUUUCUGUCAAGGCUUUUGUUGGUCUAGGAGAGCUGCAGUUUCUGAAUUUGGAUAACAACAACAUACAAAAUAUUCCCACUGGAACCUUCAAGCCCAUGAACAAGCUGGAGAUGCUGGUGUUAGACAAUAAUCGUCUUACAACUGUGACGGCUUCUAUGUUUGAGGGCUUGUCCCGUUUGCAGGAGCUGUAUCUGAGGAAUAAUGACAUUGGGAAGUUACCUGAAGAUGUGUUCAAACACAUUCCCAAGAUAACACAGCUUGCAUUAAGUGGAAACAGGCUGAAGACUAUUGAUGGGAAUUCACUUUCUCAGCUACCAGCUCUCAAGGAAGUAUACCUGCAUGACAACCCAUGGUCAUGUGACUGCAAGAUGAAAUCUUUGGUUCGCUGGCUAUCCCAGACCAGAGCCAACUUAUCUCCUUUUGAAGCUCUCAAGUGCACAUCUCCACCAGAAAAUAAGGAGAAAACCCUUAACAUACUUAGAGUGGACAAUUUAAAAUGCAAAGCCUGAUUACAUUAAACCAGGAAAGAAAGUACAAUUAAUAGUUUAACAAGAAGACUAGUGGUAUAUGAGCUUUACAUUCUAAAUACUAGUAAUGUGGCAAACAUGCCUUAAGUGUUUUCUAUAAAAAGAAAGUACAGUCUAGGCCAGAAAAUAUAAUGUAAAACUAUGAAAUACUAGUUUUCCUUUUAUAGGUGGCAGUAUCCUAUUAAAAUAUAAACACAAUACUUAUUAUGCCUGCACUCUGUAUGCUUCACAUAAAUCAGUGAAAAGAUCAAAUUAAUUUGUGAACUACUCGGACUAGUACUGUACAUAACAAGAUUAAAUGUAUUAUGAUACUCUAAAACACUUUAAGAACUUCAAGACUCCACCAGAAACGCAUGAGAGACAUUUCUAUUCAAGUACACUGUACUCAU